AUGUCUGCUCUACCCAUCACCUCGGAUACUGUGAAUAGUAUUUUUGGAGAUGGAUUUCAUACUGAAAACCCCAAUAAUGGAAAUUUAUCGUCAGAUUACGAAAUUGUGGUAAAUUGGUUUGCUCAACAGAUCGAUCCGGAACGAACACAGGUCGAUAAGCUUCCAAUUGAAGUGAGUAAGAUGCUGGAUGAUAUGGGAAUAUGUGAUAACAUGCUAUUUCAGAAAUUUCGAGGAAUGGUGCGACUCAAAUUAAAUAUGAUUGGAAUGAGUGUAAAUACAGGUGUUGGUGGUUUGUCUUCCCAAACUGUCGAUUUUCAGAACCUCCUUGAUCUAAUAAUCAAUCUCAUUGAUAUUCUACAACAAUGUUAUAACAUCAUUAAUCUUAGCAGGCCCCAAAUACAGUUGAUGAAGCGAUUGGGAAACUCGAUUUUCCAAAGCUGGAUAGAGAAUCCUUCAAUCUGGGGAAGUAUCCGUCAAUAUUAUGAACAAAACAUCUUCUCUAAAGAUAAAACACAAACACUAGAAAAAAUAUCUUCGCUACUAGCAAUAAUUGAUCUUUGUGAUGAGUUAACUCUUUUAUUGUUGGACACUGCAAGAAAUCAAAUCACCAAAUUGGUGAUGGAAUACUGCUCUCACAAGUGGGAUGUUUCACGCUUAAAGGAUCUUCUAAGCAGCAUAAAAUGUGAUAUGUAUCCAAUUAUGUCUAUACUUGUGCCAGAUCAUAGUUUUAGUAUAGAUUGUCUAAUCUCAAUGGCAAAAAUACAACUUGUAAAGUUGAGAACAGAAGAGUUCUUCGAUAUUGUUGUGGAUUAUCCUGAUUCAAAAUACGCACUUCAAGAGUUUAGGGAAUGCCUCACGACAUCAAAACAAAGAUCAAAUCUUGUCGAUGCAUACAUUCUUCAGAGCAAAUCCCGACUUCUACAUGCAGGUGCAGAUACUGUCGACAUUAUUAUGUGCUAUAUAUCAACUGUUAGAUCAUUCCUUAUUGUUGAUCACCGCGGGGUGCUAUUAGACAGAGCUUCAAGACCCAUUAGACGUUAUCUUAAGGGUCGCAAUGAUACAAUUCCAACAAUAGUCAAUGCUUUUUUGGAUACCACAUCAAAUAACAGAUUAAUCGAACUUGCAAUUGAGUUGAGAAAUACGAACAAAAAGCCCAAAAUGAAGGGAGAGUCGGCAAGAGAUCUUAACUGGGUCCCUGACCCGGUUGAUGCAUUGCCUGAUUUCAGAAAGGCUGUUGUUGAAGACAUUGUUGAAUCUCUCAUAUCAAUAUUUGACUCCAAGAAUUUGUUCAUCGAUGAAUUUGUUAAAGUGUUUUCGAAGAGACUACUUUCUAUUACGGAUUAUGAUGUAAGGGGAGUAUACAGCGAUCUCCAUUUAUUGAAGGCUCGGUUUGGUAGUCAUGAGUUUGGAUCUUUGGAUGUAAUGCUAAAGGAUAUGCUUUUAAGCAAGAAGAUUGACCGUGCUUUAAAAACGGUGGUGCCACAAAAUGUUCAUGCAUCCAUAAUAUCGCAUCUCUACUGGCCUGAUCUUCCCAGUAGUAAAUUUAAAAUGCCAAAGCAGAUAGAAGAGCCUCUUGGCAAGUACAAGUUGGCUUAUGAAGAGCAUAAAAAGGGAAGAAACGUUGUUCUUUGCCCCUCUUUAUCGUUGGUUACUUUAAGUGUGGAAGUGGCAGGUAAGAUGCAUCAAUUCAAGGUCACUGCUGAUAAGGCUGCAGUGCUUUAUUUUUUCCAUGAUCAACCACAGGGGAAGGAGGUUAAAAUUGCCAUGAUAUGUAUGAAACUCCAAAUGCCUCUUCUUUUGGUGAGAGAAAGCCUUCAAUUUUGGGCUAAAGGGGGUGUUUUAAAAGCAGUUGAUCCGAACACAUACAAAGUUAACGAAUAA